AUGACACUACUACCAAAAUCACGGAACGCGGUAAUCGUUCACGGCCGGGAAGCAGCGAAAUUAAUCACGACCUCAAUACCAGUAUUAUCACCUACGAACGUUCUGGUCAAGACAGCAUGUGUCGGCCUGAACCCAUCAGACGUGAAGAUGAUCCAAGCCGGUAUGCCUCAAGGCUCCAUGGCCGGGCUUGAUUUUGCGGGGAUCGUCAUAUCAAAAGGUACAAACGUUUGCUCAGACAUACGACCAGGAGAUCGAGUGUGCGGAGUGGCAUUCGGGUACAACAACAACAACAAUACUACCGGUGCCUUCUCUGAAUACGUGGUGGCUGAAGAGCACACGCUCUUCCGCAUACCCGACAGUAUAUCCUUUGAAGAGGCUGCUACUCUCCCUUGCGGUCUUCUCACAGGAGGCAUGGUUCUGCACAAUACCAUGAAACUCAGAAGCGUGCAGUCGGAACAAACAAGAUACGCCCUGGUCUACGGCGGCAGCACGGCAUCUGGCCUCUGCAUGAUCCAAUUACUGAGACAUUGCGGAUUUGUACCAGUAGUCACAUGUUCGCCACACAACUUUGACCUCGUCAAAGAAACAGGAGCAGAAGCAGCCUUUGACUACCAAUCAAGCACUUGCGCGUGUGACAUUCGCGACUUUACCAGUAAUCAGUUGGCCUACGCAGCGGACUGUAUCACAACAGCAGAUUCGAUGAGAAUCUGCUACGAAUCACUUGGUGCUGAUGGAGGGCGCUACGUCGCGCUUGAUAGCUUCCCGAUAGCGAGCCACUCGCGGCGGGCGGUCCGACCGUCAUGGGUCUUCGCGAUGAGCGCUUUUGGAUCUGCUGUUGACUGGGUCGCACCGUACAGAUGCGAUGCUUCGCCGGCCGACCACGACUUUGCGACAAAUUGGAUGAAAGAGGUUAGUAGACUUGUUAGUGACGGGGUCGUGAAGCCACUCAGACAUCGUGUCAUUGGAGAAACACUUGCCGAUAUUGACAAGGGGCUUCAAGAGUUGAGAAGUGGUCGGGUCUCGGGAACUAAACUCGUGUGUCUUGUCGACAAGUCACUGUUUGAGAGAUAA